AUGACAUCACUAUUCAACUUCUCGGGACCACCAGUGGAGAUAGAGAUCAAACUUGCCGGUGAAGAUGACAGGAGACAAGUUGAAGUGAAAGGGGAGAAAGAUAAGAGGGAGAUGUGUCCUGUUUAUUAUGAUGGAGAAAGUGUAGUGGGUCAAGUAAAUGUCAGAGUGAAAGAUGGACGUAAAUUUCAACAUGAUGGAAUUAGGAUUGAAUUAAUUGGAUCCAUAGAACUAUUCUAUGAUAGAGGAAAUCAUUAUGAAUUCGUGUCAUUAUCUCAGGAAUUAGCUUCAGCCGGUGAAAUGCGUCAAGCUCAAACUUUUGAUUUCAUAUUCAAGAAUGUGGAGAAACAGUACGAAUCGUAUAGUGGUAUCAAUGUCAAAUUACGGUACUACCUGCGAGUCUCACUGAAUCGAACAGCUAAAGAGCGUGAAAUUUGGGUCCACUCGUAUCGUAUGCCUCCAGAGGCUAACACAAGUAUCAAGAUGGAAGUUGGUAUUGAAGAUUGUCUACAUAUCGAGUUUGAGUAUAACAAGGCCAAAUACCACUUGAAAGACGUGAUAGUCGGCAAGAUUUAUUUCUUGCUAGUCAGAAUAAAGAUCAAACAUAUGGAAUUAUCGAUUAUCAGAAGGGAGACAACAGGAGCACCGCCCAAUCAAUAUAACGAAUCUGAAACGAUAACGAAAUUUGAAAUUAUGGAUGGCGCUCCAGUAAGAGGAGAAACGAUUCCAAUCAGAUUGUUCUUGGGUGGAUUCGAAUUAACUCCAACUUUCAGAGACGUGAAUAAAAAAUUCUCAACUAGAUAUUAUCUGAAUUUGGUUUUGAUAGAUGAAGAAAAUAGAAGAUAUUUUAAACAACAAGAAAUCACUAUUUUCCGUAUUCCGUGA